AUGAUUUACAAAUGGGGGAUGCAUGCUGGCACAUAUUAUGAAGGAGGUGAGAAAUUCAAGGUUGUCAAAUUACAGACCUUGCGUCGAAAAUAUGAAUUAUUGUCGAAGGGAAAAGACGAAAAGGUUGCAGAGUAUAUGUCAAAGGUGCAGAAACGCGUCCAUCUCAUGAAGGGUUAUGGUGAAACCCUAACUGAUAAGAUGAUAGUUGAGAAGGUAAUGUAUACGUUGACUUCUCACUUUGAUCACGUUAUCGUAGCUAUUCAAGAAUUCAAUCAACUUGAAACCCUAAAAUUGGAAGAUUUGGUUGGUUCGUUGGAAGCACAUGUGAUUAGGAUUGUCGAAAGGAAAGGAGUUCAAGAUUCGAUACAAGCUUUGCAAGCUCAGUUAUGGAAAAAGAAUGGUGGUUCCAACAAAUUUAAAGGCAAAUUCGACAAGAAUCAGGGCAAGAAUCCUUGGUCAAACCCUCACAAGCAACAUGUGGAAGAUAAGACUUUUGAACCCUCAAAAGAGGAAGGAGAAAACUAUCGAAAGGACAAAGAAGAUAAAAAGAGAAAAUAUAAUGGAUCGACAAAAGGCAAAGACGAAGGAGCGAACCUUGCACUCCAAGAUUCAGAUGAUUCUGAAGGAGGUAUGGUGGUUAUGGCUGCAAUCACGGAUAACCAUGUUGAAUCCAAGAUCUGGUUUGUCGAAGUCGAAGGAUUUUCCAACAUUCCUGACAGAGUCGAAGUUGAAGAGGGUGUGGCUGCUACAAGCCAAAGACCUCAAAGAACUCGAAUUCUUCCAUCAAUACUUAAAGACUAUGAAGUAGCUGGUGAUGAUGAAGUCACGCCAGAUGGAGAAUUAUUUCAUUUUGCUUUACUUGCAGGUGAUGAAUCAAUCAACUAUAGCUAG